GAUCCUUUAACUUGAAAGAAAAGUUUUAAAACCUUUAAACAACAUACAAUAGGCUUAAAGAAAGAAAUAACUCUGCUAAUACCUGAAUAGCACCAUGCUGAACCAUUAAAUUUGACAGUCUAAUGCUUUCGUUUGAUCAAGAACUAUAGCUUCAUCCUAUUCUUGCAGAAAUGAGCGGGAAGGCCCGAAACAUCAAGCCAUGUGUGGCUUGCAGCAAAACCAUGUAUGUGGCCUGCAAGACCUGCCCAAUAUGCAAGGCGAAACAGCCCUAUAAAGAUCGGCUUGUCAGAGAGAGAAAACUAUUUGUUGAACACGGAAAAGCAUAUAAGGCUCGGGUUAAAAAACACUGCAACAGCAGUCAUGUUAUGGACUCCAGCUUAAAAAUGUUGGACCGGCUUGCUGCACUGGGCUACUUUCCUCUGCUGCUUUUAGGGAAGAAAAACAAAAGAAGCUACACAGCCCAAGUGUUCGGCAGCAUGCAGAUGCAGCUGGAUCCAUCCUUACAAGAGGACUUGCAGUCUGUCUAUGCCAAAAUCCUAAAAUUGCACUUUAAAAGGUUUCCCCAGCCAACUGAAAAUGGAACCCAAAGUGGUGAUGGAGUAGGGAUGGAGGGGGAGCAGGGAAUGGUUCCUGAAGAAGGAGCAGACAUAGAGUUUGUGGUGCCUGACAUCCCGUAUGAGGACGGGAAUUACGAUGUAGUGGGACAGGAUGACCAAGGAACCCAAAGUGGUGAUGGAGUAGGGAUGGAGAGGGAGCAGGGAAUGGUUCCUGAAGAAGGAGCAGGAACCCAAAGCAGUGAUGUGGUAGGGAUGGAGAGGGAGCAGGAAGGGAGAAAGGAAAACAAGGAUGAAAAGAUGGUGAAAAGUAGGAGAAAAAGAAAACAUCAGACAGGUAUGUCUUCAGGAUCAGUCAAUGAUCUUAAGAUCAUAUCUAAAUAAUCUACAUGUUUUGGUGUCAUAUGUCUUAUUUGUAUAGGCAUACAAUUUGCAAUUUUAUGAAAAGACAACUCCCAAAUUGACUUCAUAUCCAGAGUGCACUGCAGCGCUAGACCCUCUGA